AUGGAAAAUAACUAAAAAAAAAGUGAGUAAUAGAAUAACACUUAAAAUAUUCUAUAAGAUUUAAUGAAAUCUAACUUGAAAGCUCAAACUCAUAUUGACUUACAGUUAAAGUAAAAUCAAAUUGGGAAUGAUGGAGCUUCUACUAUUGGUACAGCACUUGGUAACUGCAAAUUGCUAACUAAUCUUAUAUUUUACAUUGGUGCAAAUUAAAUUGGAGAUAAUGGAGCAUAAAAUAUUGGAUUAGGUUUGAGUAAGUGUACUUAACUUACAAAUUUAGAAUUAACAUUAGGGUAAAAUCAAAUUGGGAAUGAUGGAGCUUCUACUAUUGGUACAGCACUUGGUAACUGCAAAUUGCUAACUAAUCUUAUAUUUUACAUUGAUGCAAAUUAAAUUGGAGAUAAUGGAGCAUAAAAUAUUGGAUUAGGUUUGAGUAAGUGUACUUAACUUAGAAAUUUAGAAUUAGCAUUAGUGUAAAAUCAAAUUGGGAAUGAUGGAGCUUCUACUAUUGGUACAGCACUUGGUAACUGCAAAUUGCUAACUAAUCUCAUAUUUUACAUUGAGUAAAAUAAUUUUUUAUUUAUUUAUUGA